AUGGGUUUCCUGCUUUCCUCGGCCUGGGUCCUGGUUGGUUGCAUUUCUGUUGCUUUAGCAGCAGAUUCCAAUCUCUCAGAUCUGUAUCCUCCUCUGUGGAAGGAGAGUCCUGGUCAGUUCCCUCUCUACAAGGCACAGAAUGGAAAAUACAUCAUUGAUCCCUGGGUAUACACUGACAGAAUGGGGAUGUAUAAAAUCCUGCUGAAGCAGACAGCUGUCUAUUUUGCAAAAUUUGCCCCAGAAAAUGAACAAAACAUUUUAUGGGGGCUGCCUCUUCAGCAUGGCUGGCAAUAUAGUUCAGGUAGAUUAGCUGACCCCAGGAGAAGGACAAGCUGUGGCUAUGAAUCUGACCCUCUCUGCAUUUCUAUGGACAGUUGGUGGGCUGAUAUGAAUUAUUUUCUGAGUGUCCUACCUUUUCUUGCUGCCCUUGAUUCUGGCAUACUGGAGAUAUCACCUGACGAAGUCACACUUCUGCAACCCUCCACAGACCAGAUACAGUUUUGCUAUGAUGUGUCUGCCUGUCGUUCCUCCUUCCCGCAGAUAAUAAACAAGUGGAGAGCAUUUUUCCAGUAUGUGCAGACUCCUUCUAGCACCUUUGAAGAUCUGUUGAAACACCUGUGGGAUGCACACACGACAUCCUUGAGAGAGUCUAUUAAAAUGUUUGAAGAUAGGUAUGGGUACUAUUCUAAAGAAGAAGCAAACUUCGGGAAGAACUGGGCCGAGGCUGUACAUUACUUAGCUGCCUCCCGAUUUCCUACCACCUUGAUUAGAUCACACAUCUUCCAGAAGGGUCUCCCACCGAGAAUUCUUACCAGCGCUGACAUAGCACCUUCCAUCAGCAAUUUCACUCAGCUCCAGAACACCGUCCUGGUGGCUCUGAACAAGAUUGGUGACAUGAGUACAGUCACAGGUUCCUUGGCUUUGGCUACAUGGAAGGUUUUGAUGGUGACACAGGCCGCGAGAGAGCAGUUUCUGAAGUUCUUUGAAACGAUGUUUGCAUCUUUUCCUUAAAAGUUUUCAACAACUCUGUUUAUCAACAGUCAUUUAAAAAAUAGUAUAACUAUAAUCAUGCAGUUUUUGUAGUUUUGCACUGAUGCUUAUUUGUUAGAAAAUUUCCCACAUAUUUCUAAAAGUAAAUUCAAAAUAAUACUACAAUUAUUCUGCUCAAGUCAAAAUUCUGUAUUUUUGAAUUGAGCCAUACUCAUGCUUUAUGAUUGUGUGAAAGUAUCAAAAAUCACUAAGGAAUUAAUAAACAUAUUAAACUCA